UCUUGGCGUGUCCAAAUUUUUCUCAAACUAUAUCACUACUUUUUUUUUUUUUGCUUCGCCAUUCUCAAACUAAGUAAUAACAAAUAUGACGAUGGAGAGGGAAACAAAACAAGUUGAUAUAAUUUUCCGAUCAAAGCUCCCUGAUAUUUACAUCCCGAAUCAUCUUCCAUUACACACUUAUUGCUUCGAAAACAUUUCAGAAUUCAGUUCACGUCCUUGUUUAAUCAAUGGAGCCAACAAUCAAAUUUACACGUACGCUGAUGUUGACCUCAGUUCAAGAAAAGUUGCGGCCGGCCUUCACAAGAAAUUUGGGAUCCAACAAAAGGACACUAUCAUGAUCUUAUUGCCCAAUUCUCCAGAAUUUGUAUUUGCUUUCAUUGGUGCAUCGUACCUUGGAGCUAUUUCAACAAUGGCCAAUCCUUUGUUUACGUCUGCUGAAGUUGUGAAACAAGCCAAGGCUUCUAAUGCUAAGAUCAUUGUCACACAAGGGUGCCAUGUGAACAAGGUGAAGGAUUAUGCGUUGGAGAAUGAUGUGAAGAUCGCGUGCAUCGACUCGGCCCCGGAGGGUUGUUUCCACUUCUCCGAGCUAACUCAGGCCGAUGAGCACGAUAUCCCUGAGGUAGAAAUCCAGCCAGAUGACGUGGUGGCGUUGCCGUAUUCCUCUGGGACAACCGGUUUACCUAAAGGGGUGAUGUUGACACACAAGGGGCUUGUCACAAGCGUGGCUCAACAAGUUGAUGGUGAAAAUCCUAAUUUGUAUAUCCACAGUGAGGACGUGAUGCUUUGUGUGUUGCCCUUGUUUCAUAUCUACUCCCUCAACUCCAUUUUGCUAUGUGGGUUAAGGAUUGGUGCAGCCAUUCUGAUUAUGCAGAAAUUUGAUAUUGUUCCAUUCUUGGAAUUGAUACAAAAUUACAAGGUCACAAUAGGGCCAUUUGUGCCACCAAUUGUUUUGGCCAUUGCUAAGAGUCCAAUGGUUGAUAAUUACGAUCUUUCAUCAGUAAGAACCGUUAUGUCGGGGGGUGCACCAUUAGGAAAGGAAGUUGAAGACGCUGUUCGAGCCAAAUUUCCUAAUGCUAAACUUGGUCAAGGUUAUGGGAUGACAGAAGCCGGACCAGUGCUUGCAAUGUGUUUGGCAUUUGCAAAAGAAGGCUUUGAAAUAAAAUCAGGAGCAUGUGGUACAGUUGUGAGAAAUGCUGAGAUGAAAAUUGUGGAUCCUGAUACUGGCAUUUCUCUUCCCAGAAACCAAUCUGGAGAAAUUUGUAUUAGAGGGGACCAGAUCAUGAAAGGUUACCUAAAUGACCCGGAGGCCACUGCACGAACAAUAGACAAAGAAGGAUGGUUACAUACGGGUGACAUUGGUUAUAUUGACAACGAUGAUGAACUUUUCAUUGUGGAUCGAUUAAAGGAACUUAUAAAAUACAAAGGAUUUCAAGUUGCACCUGCUGAACUUGAAGCCCUUCUCCUCAACCAUCCCAACAUUUCCGAUGCUGCUGUUGUUCCCAUGAAGGACGAGCAAGCGGGAGAAGUUCCAGUGGCAUUUGUUGUUAGAAAAAUUGGAUCCACUAUUACUGAAGAUGAGGUGAAGGAAUUCGUAUCAAAGCAGGUGAUAUUUUAUAAGAGGAUAAAGCGGGUAUUUUUUGUGGAUGCUGUUCCUAAAUCUCCAGCUGGCAAAAUCCUUAGAAAGGACUUGAGAGCUAAACUAGCUGCUGGAUAUCCAAAUUAAUACUUUUGGCUUCAGCUUUAUUGGAGAUAAUAACUAAAUCGAAGACAAAUUACUUUUUAUUAAAAGUUACAUAAUAUGUUCUUUGAAUUGUAUUUGUACGUUCAACCACCUGCCUCUUUGGUCAAAAUUAAUUAACCGAUUGGGAAAAGGAGGAAAAUGUAUGUAAAUUUGAAUGCAAGAACUUCAAUUGCUUAAAAUGUGGUAUAUACUUCAAAUGUCCUUUUGGUA